AUAUGUAUUUAAAAUGAAAAAAAUGAAAGUUUGAAAUAGAAGCAGUGGCCUUCAAAUGUGAAUUGGUGAAGUUUGAAGCCCCCGCUAGACAGUGAUACCAAGAAGGCAUCUGGGAUCGAGCAAAGAAGACAUCAAUGUGGAAAUCCAUUUUGGGGGGAGAUGAAGAUCAGCAAGAUAACAUUUUGGACGAUGAAGAAGGUCUCUGCGCUAUAUCUCCUCUGCAGAGAGUAUAUGGGUUCGCUGCUUGUAUGGUCUCUGGCGUAGUUUGUAUGUUCUUGUGUUUUAUUGUUUUCGCAAAACCCAUCAAGUUUGGUCUUCUGUUCACGUUUGGCAACCUGUUGGCAGUUGGAAGCACAGCCUUUCUGAUUGGACCUCGGCAUCAAAUGACAGUGAUGCUUGAUCCUGGUCGUGUUGUUGCAACAUCACUCUAUAUAGGGUGUGUAGCCUUGGCCCUUAUAUGUGCACUUUGGAUCCACAACAAAAUUUUGACGGUACUUGCAAUCAUAUGCGAGGUCUUUGCCCUUAUCUGGUAUACUUCAAGUUAUAUCCCAUUUGCUCGAAGAAUGAUUUCAAAUGUGACAAUUCAUCUCUUUGACACGGAAAUCUAGAUGCUUCCCUAUGGAAGAGUAUGAUGAUGAGGUGAUCUGUUUUUAACAAUAAAUCCACGAAAAUUUACUUGAAAAUGUUAUCUAUGAUGACUAGGGAGAGCAAAUGUUGAAUUAUUUUAUCUAGAUUUUAGAGACAAGUUUUACUAGACCACGUUUGUCAAAAUAUCCAAGCACAUGUUAUUGGCAUCAUUUUUAAUGUGUAUUUAAGUUAGUGCAGAGUAUUUAUUAAAGGGAUCCAAACAAG